AUGUUGUGUUCCGCGGCGGAGACCAUGGCAUUGGCCGUCAAGGGCGGGCACUUUGAUGUUAAGAGCGACAGCCAGGAGCGCGCUAUUACUGGACUUGGGCUGGACUCGUCAGAGGUUGGAUUCCGCCCAGAACUCUUUGUGGACAUGUAUCGCGAGGGCGAAAAGAGAGGUCUACGGAGGACAGCUCAUGCGGGUGAAGAGGGUGACCCAACUUACAUUAGCGGAGCACUUGAUGCGUUACAAGCCGAACGCAUCGACCACGGCAUCCGUCUCACAGAAGAUCCCGAACUGCUUAGCCGAGUGGUAAAAGAGGAGGUACUACUGACGGUUUGCCCUUUGAGCAAUGUCUGCCUCCAGGCUGUGGAGAAGGUCAGCCAAGUGCCAAUCAAGACAUUCCUCGAUGCAGGUGUAAAAUUCAGUAUCAACAGCGACGACCCAGCGUACUUUGGUGGAUACAUAUUAAACAAUUAUUGCGCGGUGCAAGAGGCCUUCAAUUUAAGCAUGGAGGAAUGGAGGACAAUCGUUAGCAAUUCGAUUCACGGCAGCUGGAUAGGAGAGAAGCGAAAGUCUGAACUAUUGGGCCUGCUCGACGCUUGCAUGAACAAGCACGCUUAG